CUGGAUUACUAAUCCCACUGGUAUAAAUAUUUGGGAGUAUUCUUGAUAUUCAUGAUUUCAAUAUUCCAUAAGCAAGUAUGACUGUUACUUAUUUCAUUACUGGUGCUAAUCGUGGGAUUGGGUUCCAACUUGCUAAACAAAUUUCUGCUGAUUCAAACAAUGUCGUAAUUGCAACCACUCGUUCUUUUGCUAAUUCUGCUGCUUUGCAAGAUUUGAAUCGUCCAAAUCUUCAUAUCAUUGAAUAUGAUGUGGCUUCUCCCUUGGAAAAAAUGAAGCAAGAUUUGGUUCCUAUUGAAGAGUACGCUCCAAAUGGUGUGGAUGUAGUUAUUCAAAAUGCCGGUAUUGCUACCGCUAACCAGAAAUCUAUACUUGAAACAACUGAGGAUGAUUUGGCAAAACACUUUGCUGUUAAUACUAUCGGAUCAGUAAAAGUUUAUCAAUCGAUAUUCCCUUACUGGUCUAAAAAAGUUAACCCAGAAACUGUGAAAAAAUUUAUCUUCAUCAGUUCUUCCGUUAGUUGGGUGAACAAUUUCUUUCCCAUGUUAUCCUCCCAUUAUGGUCCUUCCAAAGCUGCUCUAAACUUGGUUGUUAGACAUAUUGCUUUUGAUCAUAAAUCCGCUGAAUUGGAUCAUAUUAAAAACUCAAUUAUUGUCCCAGUGCAUCCCGGCCUUGUGACAACUGACAUGUCAAAAGAGGCUUUGGGUGAUUACAACUUUGAUGAAUCACCUAUUCCUGUACUCAAGCCAGAGGAAUCUGCUGGUUGUAUUAUCAAAAUCAUUGAUAAUCUCGAACCAAAGGAUAACGAUACUUUUAUAAGUUAUGAUGGUACUAGAGUAUCUUGGUAAUCUAUCUAUAUAGUCAAUUCCAUAUCCUUAAGAAA